CCGGCGAGGGGCGGCGGCGAGGCCGAGGGAGGGCGCGCGGGCGGCGGGGAAAGGAUGGGAGCCCCUGGGACCCGCGGCUGAGCCAGCCCGAGCGGCGGGAAGGCCAGCGUCGCGGUUCCCCCCGGAGCCCCACACCGUUCCCGCUCCGCCACGAUGAUCCCGCCGAGCGGCGCCCGCGAGGACGGCGUGGACGGGCUGCCCCAGGAGGCGCCGAGCGCCCAGCAGCCGCCCUCUCCGGCAUCCGCCGGCAGCCAGGAAUCCAAGGAAAAGAACCCUCUGGAGACAUCUGUACCGGAUGUACAUUUCCUUGGCCAGAGCCAUGUCCCGGCCAUUUGCAGCUGUAAGGAAGGCUGGGCGCACUGCUGUUCCAAGCAAAAUGGAGAUUUUGUGAAACAAAGAGAAGCAGAAACCGGAAGCUGGCUCCAGAAACUAAAACGAUCACUUUCUUUCAAGACCAAGAGUUUACGGAGCAAAAGCGCUGACAACUUCUUCCAGAGAACCAACAGCGACGUGAAGCUGCAGGCAGACAUGCUGGCUGAGGUCAGCCCCAGCUCCAGCCCACUCCCUGCCUCUGGAAGCCUGACAUCCACACCCACCAGGGCCGGCCCGCACCCAGGGGCUGGCGGCAAGGCCCACACCUUUCAGGAGCACAUCUUCAAGAAGCCCACUUUCUGUGAUGUCUGCAACCACAUGAUCGUGGGAGCAAACGCUAAGCAUGGGCUGCGCUGCAAGGCCUGUAAGACGAGCCUCCACCACAAGUGCAUGGAUGGCCUAGCACCCCAGCGGUGCAUGGGCAAGCUGCCAAAAGGGUUUCGGCGUUACUACAGCUCCCCCUUGCUCAUUCAUGAGCAGUUUGGAUGCAUUAAAGAAGUUAUGCCCAUUGCCUGUGGCAAUAAGGUGGACCCUGUCUACGAGACCCUCCGCUUCGGCACCUCCCUGGCCCAGAGAACAAAGAAGGGCAGCUCUGGCAGUGGCUCUGAUUCGCCUCACAGAACCUCUACUUCAGAUCUCGUGGAGGUUCCUGAAGAAGCUGAUGGGCCAGGAGGCGGGUAUGAUCCACGGAAACGCAGCAACAGUGUGUUUACUUAUCCAGAAAAUGGCACUGACGAUCUCAGCCACCAAGCAAAGAACAUAAACCACCAGGGAUCUCUUUCCAAAGAACCAUUACAGAUGAACACCUAUGUUGCCUUGUAUAAAUUUGUACCACAGGAGAAUGAAGAUUUGGAAAUGAGGCCAGGAGACAUGAUUACACUUCUAGAAGACACCAAUGAAGACUGGUGGAAAGGGAAAAUUCAAGACAGGAUUGGCUUUUUUCCAGCCAACUUUGUUCAGAGAGUACAACAAAAUGAGAAGAUUUUUAGAUGUGUUAGGACCUUCCUUGGGUGUAAAGAACAGGGGCAGAUGACACUGAAAGAGAAUCAGAUCUGUGUGACUUCUGAAGAAGAGCAGGAUGGCUUUAUCAGAGUCCUCAGUGGAAAGAAGAGAGGCCUUGUCCCCCUGGAUGUCCUAGAAAACAUCUGAUUGCUGGCCCCUCCUGCUUUUGCAGUGGCCGGGCUCCGCUGCAAUGCCUCAUCUCACACUGUGUCCACGCAGAGGAGCUGCUGCACUGACCCACCACCCGGGAAACAGUGAAACAAGACUCAUGGAUCUGAGACUGGAGUACCAGCCACAAGACAGAGGGCCCAUCUCACAGCAUUGCGGGGCUGCCCAAGGUGGGGGCGGGGCUGAGAGAGCUAAGUGCCAUGCAGGGGGCGGCAGCGGCAGGGUGGUAGCCACAGUGGUCCCCGAGGACUCACCUCAUCCCCUUCCAUGUGAUGUAAGUUAGCCUACUGGAGUGCGCUCCAGCUUGUGGUGUGGGCCCAAUAUGAGGCUCAGAUCCCCACAGCCAAGUGUGAUUCUGGUUCCAGACCUGUGUCCCCAGUACUGGCCCAUUAGCAUCAUCACAUUUGCUGUCUCUCUGCAGAACAUCAGGAAGUCCUGCUUCCCAGCCCCCAAUAUGCUAGGGCUCCCCUCCCCUCUGUCCCCCUCACUUUGUGAUUGUGCUGUCUCUUCUGUCCUCCAAGUGAGUCCUGGAGUUGCCCGUAAGAUGUGAGGGCUGAGCUGGUGGUACCAGCCUCUAAGACCUGAUCUGCCCAAAGGUGGCCAAUAGGCAGUCCCUGCUGCUGCUCUAGUUACCAACAGAAGUGAUAGAGAAGGGCAUGAGGCACAGAUACAGAGGGUGACAUGGGAAUAAGGUAAGGGUGAAGAGCCCUAUAUGUUGAAGAUUAUGCAGCACCUUUGGUUAUGAAAGCAUUUUCCUGUACAGAUGAACCUGGGGUAGAGAAUGGGGCAAAAAGUCUCAGCGAUAAGCCCCAUUUCAUUUUACAUCCUCUAUACUAGGGGCAGCAUUUUCCCUCAUGCCAUCCUAAAGGACCCCCUUUUGGAGGCCAAGCCCACCUUGCAGAUAACCAGAAACAUGGAGGAGAACCAAUAGCAUCUUAGGAGAAAGGUAGCCAAAUCAGAAUCCAUUCUUCUUUAGGGCAGUAUAUCAUAUCCUCGCAGAUGUAAAAUGGAGAAGAAUCUUUAGUGCUUCAUCCCUCAGAAAGUAGAGGAACUUGGGUCCUAUUUAGCAUCAAGUAGGGGAGUCUCUCUUACUCUGUACUUGUACUAAUGUUUACAAGCAUUCAAUAUACUGUGAUGCCUUCUUCCACAAGCUCCUCCUAGCAUUCAAACUUGCAUCCAAUUACUUAGUCAUUAAUAUGGUUAAACUUCAAUCCACAAUGACCUUGGAAUCAAUGUCAGCUUGAUUUAUUUUGUUACAGACCAAUAAAAGCAUUAGAACAAUUGCUUUUUUAAAAGAUUUAAGUGGGCGCAUCUUGUGCAGGUAAGCAUUAUUUCCCAAACUCUAGUAUCAUUAGUCCCCAUUUAUUUCUUUUGUUACUGCUCAGCAUGAUGUUGGGAGCUGAGAUGGGAGGGCUGCUGGUUUCACGGUAGUUCAGAUGCCUUACUGUCAUUUGAAAGCCAGCAUCCAGAAUUUCCUCCCUCUCUGAUACAAAAUUGAGUGUACAGAGUCAAUAUGGAUUCUCUGAGAGCCAGAGUGGAUAAUAUGACUUAUAUUCUCUAAAAUGGAAUGCCAGAGUACAAACGCUCUCUGCCUCUAAUUCAAUAUUCCAUUGAAUAAAGGCAACACAGUGGCUGGAAGGAGCAUAGAAAACAUGUGUCCUGAUCUCUUCUUUCUGGUGGAGUGUCUGCUGAAACUUUUGGGUACAGUGAUGGCAUAGUCUAGGCUAAUCUAAUUUAUAUUAAAAAAUCAGCUUGCCUUUGGAAGCUAAACAGAGGAACGCUAUAGUAGCCAGCCCCCCAAGGUGGUCCUCCCAUGGUCCCUGCAUCCCAAUACUCUUGCCUUUGUGUAGUCCACUCCCAUAUUGAAUCAGGACUGGUCUUAUGUCACCAAGAGAAUACAGCAGAAGAGAUACUGCAUGACAUCUGAGGCUAGGCCAAAAAAGUCCUUGCAGCUUCUGCCUUUCUCCCUGGCAACACCCACCCUUGGAACCUGAGCCACAAUGUAAGUUUAUCACUCCGAGGCCACCAUGGGGGAGAGGCCCAGUGGAGAGAGCAUGUGUUUCUGCAGCUGAGAUCUUGGAUAUCACAGAACAGCAGCCAUCCCUGUUGGGCCUGCCCGAGUGAUAGCUUUAUGAGCAAAAUAAAUAUGGUUUGAUGGUUUUUAAGUCACUAAGUUUUGGAGUGAUUUGUUAUACAGAAAUAAAUAUCUGGAACAGGGACUUUGUAAUUUGAGCCAAUGUUAGAAAGGAGAAAAUACACUCAUUCUGCACAAUGAGGCCCAAAAGGUUUUACCCUCUUAGUGCAAGAUACCUACUGUUCCUUAAAUAUCUGGAGUCAUGCAGAUAGAUAAUCAGAGAAAGACAGUUGUCCUCACAGAUUGCCACAGAUAUUCACACAGAGAGAGAGAGAGAGAAGCCAUAGCAUUUAUUUUCUUCCUGCCUAUCUGCAGAAAUGGCAAGAACAAGGACAGUUGUAACCUACCUAAGUCUUGAAGGCUUCCAAGAUUCAAAAAAUGGCUGGGAGAAGAGCCACAGUUUUGGAAUGGAGGUGAGAUGAAGGCCUCAGGAGACAGAUUCUGGAGAGGGGGCAGCGGCAGAGAGGAAAUGCUAAUAUGAAGAGAAAGGGGGUCUGAGGGGAUAUUCUUCAUCAUGUGAGAAAAUAGCCUUGUACCCCUGCCUGCAGCUAAGCAAGGAUGAAUAUCUAACUGAAGCAGGGAUGCUGUGCCCUAUACUCCACCACCAGUGCUAUAGGACUUGGAUUCUAUCUUUGAAGUGAAUAACUGAUUAAAACUUUCUCAGGGCUUCAGGAGGCAAAGAAUAGAAUUUUUUUACCCCAUCACUAGCAGAGAGCUGAGACACCUUUAGUGUGAGUCAUGGGCUGCAAAGAGAACCCAUGUGUAAAUGUCCAACUGAUUACUAGUAGGGUUGAUUUCACAGACGACCUUCUUCCUCACCUCUACACACUAAAUACACACAUGCAGUCCCAUCAAAAAGAAGAGUCCAGCAUCUGGGUUACAUAUUUAAAGCAUCCAAUGAAAUGCUACAUGGCAAGUGCUUAUGAGAGUUAGUGUUCUUUGUUAUUAAAGGGAGAAAAAUAAAAUCAGUGGGAAGGUCACAGUACAUGCAAAUAGAAAGGUAAAAAGCAGCAUGGAGGUCCAAAAGCCUGGUCCAGGUCACUGAAAGGAAGGAUAUCUACUGGUUGACCCUAGCUUAGAACCAGGCCCAGGCAGCUGUAAAAAAGUGUUGGGUGCUCAAAUAGCUUAAAUUUAUAUAAAAUAAACCAAGCUUCAUUACUCAGGACUUCCCAGAGCCUUUAAUUUCCCAAUUUUCACAGUAAAUCUAUAAAAGGGGAUUUAGACUCAUGGAACAACUGUUAGGAUCAAAUAGAAUAUUCCAAGGCACAUAGUUUGGAAUAUGCUGUGGUAGAGAAUUCUCAUAUAAUAUUGGCCCAUCUAAUACCCUCUCUCUUCCUACAUCUCAUUAAGAUACCCAUGAAAUAUUGAAAAGGACGAAAGAGCAUAAUCAUCAUAAAAAUGGAGGCUGAAAGACAAUCUACUCUGAAAUCAGUAGGGAAUUGGAGAAAGUGAGCUGCGUCCCUAAAGGGUGAAAAGCUCAGGAAGGAGAGUAGCUUCUUAUGCUCUAAUAGCUUUAGCAAAUACUGCCCAGCAGGGCAUAGGCUGGUAUAAAUCUGGGAAUAAAAGAAAGUUAGUUCAGCAUCACCCAAAAUAUCCUCCCCAGGAAACUGUGAGCAGGUGUGUCCCACAGCUUUAACACAAAACAAAAAUCCUUACAAACAACACUGACAAAAAAUAAAUUAGGACUGGUUUAAUGAUAUCCUGCAACAGUCUCUUAGAUUUUGCUCAGUUGCUUUUCUGUUGUGCGUUUUGUAGAGCACCUGGUGUUUGUGACCCUCAAACAUGCUUUUUUUCUUAGCUUCCAAUAAGGAGUUUUAAAUAGUCCUCAAUCUUCCCCUGGGUAAUAGGAAUGUAACUGUACCUCAAAACAUUAACAAGAUAAUAGUAACUUAUUUUAUAGUUCCUUUUUUAAAAAUGGAAACAAAGCAGACUUUUUAUCAUCUCACUAACAAAUUUAAAUAGCUUUCAAACAUCUUCCAUGUCUUCACAGAAGUCAGGAUGUGCUGAAAUCCUGAAAUACACCAUGGAAAAGUACAAUACCUAUUUCCAAGAAAAAUGGUGGAUCAUCUUUAGGUUUCCUCCACUGGUCUCGUUUAUUCAGGUUCUCAGGUUACACCUGGCUCUGUUUUAUGCAUGGCAAUAUUUUUCUUUGUCUAUCUUCUCCUUUUAAACAAGUUUCCUAAAAAGUGUUUGCUUAGUUUAUUUACUUUCAUUCUUUAAUACGGGUUAAAAAAAUCUUCCAAGGUUAUGGCUUUUCCUCUGAGUUCAGCUUUCUUUAGGGCAGUAUAUUUCACCAUAUGAAAGUGUUCCAAUUUUCAUUCAUUCUUAAAUACUCUGUAAUUACAGUUUUGAUUUUUCUCUUAGAUUUUUAUUUCAUGGUUGUGUGUGUGUAUGUGUAUGUGAUUAGAACCAUUGUGCAUUGUUGUCAGAAAAUAUGAUCCAUAGGGUUUCUGCUUUGAGGCAUUAAUUGGCACUUUGUGCUCUAAUAUAUGAAUGAUCUUUAGAAAUAUCCAAUGGACGCUGUUAAAAAAAAGAGAGAGAGAAGUCAUGUCUGCAAUAUAUAAAGUUUAAUAUGUAUCUACUAAAUAAACAAAGUGUUCAGGUCA